CUAUGGAGAAAGCUAAUAGCAAAACAAAAUUGAAAGACUCUCCUGGCCCUGGAAGUUAUCAAUAUAAAGGCUUCACAGAUAAAGAGAUUAAACCAACUGUUUUGUUUGGGGGAGCUGAGCGUUUUAACAAAACUCCUGAGAAAGAGAAGAAUAUGGAUAAUCAGUUCCAGUCAAGUCGUUAUUUUGAUAGAAUGGGCAAGGAAGGUCCUUUUGUUACAUUAAAAGGUAAAAGACCUGAUCAAGUCUCCAAUUCUCUACCUGGACCAGGGAACUAUAACAUCAAGGAGAAGUCUAAUUGCCCUUCUUUCUCUCUAUCUAAGGAUAAAAGGCGUGAUCUCAGCUUAAAAUAACGAUAAUCCCGGACCAGGAGCAUACAGAGAUGAUUAUAAUCCUAAAAGACCACUGACUGCUGUUAAAUACUCGAAUUCUGUGAGUCCAAAACAAGAAGAUGAAUUCAGGAGGACUCUCCCAGGACCUGGGCAAUAUAAAAUAUAGAAAAUACUAUAGGCAAAUCACCUGGAGCCAUCCUUAUUGGAAGACCAAAAGUUAACAAAAUUGAAGAGAAAGCUAGAGCACAAGUCCCUUUAAGAAAUCCUGAUGAUUCAGCAAUAAGGAAGAAGAACCCUUCUGCCUUAAUUUAUGGACGAAGUCCUCAUAUGUUAGAGUUUACAUCUAAUAGGUUUGUACCUGGCCCUGGCAAAUAUAAUCCGAGUGAUAACAAAAAGACAAACACAGUAGUCUUUGGGCAACCUCCUGAUCCAAAUUUUGAGAAGAAAAAUAGAGAAAGGCAUCUUACCCCUGGGCCAGGAGCGUAUAAAACCAUGACUAAUUUUGGAACUAAUGCUAAAUCAGUCACUAUUUUAUCGAGAAAUGAAGAAGGGCCUAAACAGAGAGAGUUGAGACAUUUCUCACCUGGCCCAGGUGCAUAUAACAUUGAUAGAUUUAACAAGACUCAUGGGCCUUCCUUCAGUAUAAAAGGAGCAGUGAGUGAAGACCCAAUAUUUAGAGAAAAGGCUGCUGUUCCAGCUUCAGGAACUUACUACCCUCGUGAUGAUUUUGUGAAGAAGGGAAUACCUUCAAUUUCAUUCGGAUCUAGACCUCCUAAGCCACCUAAAGGAGGUAUUAAAUCAGAUGGGCCAGGACCUGGAAGUUACAAAAUUCCUUCUACUCUAAAUACUAGAAAAGGAGCUGUAAUUUCAGGUACUUAUAAUGAAAGAGGAAGAAAUUCCAGAGGGUUUUCAGCAGGAAGAAAUUCUCGAGGCUUCUCUGCAGGUGGGAAUGCUGCUUCUCGAUCGAAAAGUUCGAAAUUUAAACGAAAUAAUUCACUUCCAGGGCCAGGUUCCUAUAAUCCGGACUCAAAUGGGUUUGGUAAAACCAAAAAGAAUGUGAUAAUUAUGUCAAGACCUAAAGAGAAACCUCCUAAUUAUGACACACCUGGUCCAGGAUCUUACCAGGAUCCUAAAGGAAUCGGGGCUGAAGGUAAUACUAAAGGAGUAAUUCUACUGGGAAGGUAUAAAGAAGAUUUAAGCAAGCAAAAUGAUUCUCCCGGACCAGGGGCUUAUGACAUUAAGAGAAAUAAAUUCAACAAUGGUAUUGCAUCUGCUACUUUUGGGCAUGGAAAAAGAUUCAAGUAUUCUUUUACAGGAGACCCAAACCACAAGGGAAAUAACUCUAAAAAUCCAGGUGAGGACACUCCAGGCCCUGGGGCAUAUAAGGUCAAAGAAGAGCAUCCAGGCCCUAAAUUUUCUAUUACUGGUGUAAAAGAGAAUCAAGAGCUAUUUCAAGGAAGGCAUCAGAGUCCUGGACCAGGUAGUUAUAAUAAUAACGAUAACCUUGAUGUUCGAAUUCAAGGAGGGAGAUUUAGUUCUUCAGAAAGACCAUCUGAUAAACCAAAUGAUGCUCCUGGCCCUGGAGAAUACAGGCAACAUUUGGGAAACUUACCAGCAGGGCCAGCAUAUUCACUCAAAAGUAGAUAUCCUGAGAAGGCAGAUGAUUCUCUUCCUGGGCCUGGGCAUUAUGAUCCCCCUAUUUCUAAAAUAAAAGAGAGGAAAUUUUAUUUGUUCAGGAAGAAGAAACUUCGGAAAUAA